UCCCAAGCUACCACGGGUGCGGAGCUGGGGCCGCGCAGCCACCGAGCGGACAGCUCGGCCUCGGGAGGGGGCUGCCCCGCCGCGUCCCCUGCCCCUGCCUUCCCCCGCACCAAGGCAAAGUCCCGUCUGCAAGGUCCAGGGCUCACUAAUAAUGAUCCCGGACACUGACUGGGAGGCCGGCUUCUGGGUGAAGUAGUUCCUCGCCUUGGCCUGGGAGGUAGGUAUCUUUAUUACUCCGUUGGAUGGGGAAACUGAGGCUGAAAGAGGGAGGUAAGAUGACUUUCUCCACCAUUCCCAACCCACGACUAAGAUUAGAGAGGAAGAUAAGCAAAGUCCCUAAUGUGCCCUCCUUCCCUCCCCGCUCCCUUCUUUUUUUCUGUUUUCCCUUUCUCGUUCUCCCCCAGCCUUCUCUCCUUCAUGAUGUUUGGGCUGGAACCCCAAAGACUUGGGUACAUAAUCAAGGCCCCUGAAGGGAGUGGGCUGAGGGCUUGUGGGAGUUCCUCUUCUUCCACAGAGCCCAGCACCUUUCUCAGCUGAAGUGGCUCCAGAGCUCAUGGAACCCUCGGCCACUCCCGGGGUCCCACCCGGAGUCCCCACUGGCAGCAGGGAACCCUUCCACCUCCCUCCAGACUACGAGGAUGAGUUCCUCCGCUACCUGUGGCGCGAUUAUCUCUACCCGAAGCAGUAUGAGUGGGUUCUCAUCGCGGCCUACGUGGCUGUGUUCCUCAUAGCCUUGGUGGGCAACACACUGGUCUGCCUAGCUGUGUGGCGGAACCACCACAUGAGGACAGUCACCAACUACUUCAUUGUCAACCUGUCGCUGGCAGAUGUGCUGGUGACUGCCAUCUGCCUGCCUGCCAGUCUGUUAGUGGACAUCACUGAGUCGUGGCUCUUCGGCCAUGCCUUGUGCAAGGUCAUUCCCUACCUACAGGCCGUGUCCGUGUCGGUGGCAGUGCUGACUCUCAGCUUCAUCGCCCUGGACCGUUGGUAUGCCAUCUGCCACCCGUUGAUGUUCAAGAGUACAGCUCGCCGGGCCCGUGGCUCCAUUCUGGGCAUCUGGGCUGUGUCGCUGGCUGUCAUGGUGCCGCAGGCUGCUGUCAUGGAGUGCAGCAGUGUGCUGCCCGAGCUAGCCAACCGCACGCGGCUCUUCUCUGUCUGUGAUGAACACUGGGCAGAUGAACUUUACCCCAAGAUCUACCACAGCUGCUUCUUCAUUGUCACCUACCUGGCCCCGCUGGGCCUCAUGGCCAUGGCCUACUUCCAGAUCUUCCGCAAGCUCUGGGGCCGCCAGAUCCCUGGAACCACAUCAGCCUUGGUGCGGAACUGGAAGCGGCCCUCAGAGCAACUGGAAGCUCAGCACCAGGGACUGUGCACAGAGCCCCAACCCCGGGCCCGAGCCUUCCUGGCUGAGGUGAAGCAGAUGCGAGCUCGGAGGAAGACGGCUAAGAUGCUAAUGGUGGUUCUGCUGGUCUUCGCACUCUGCUAUCUGCCCAUCAGUGUCCUCAAUGUCCUGAAGAGAGUGUUAGGGAUGUUCCGCCAAGCCAGCGACCGGGAAGCUGUCUAUGCCUGCUUUACCUUCUCCCACUGGCUGGUGUAUGCCAACAGUGCCGCCAACCCCAUCAUCUAUAACUUCCUCAGUGGCAAAUUUCGGGAGCAGUUUAAGGCCGCCUUCUCCUGCUGCCUGCCUGGGCUGGGUCCCCGCUCCUCUGCCAGACACAAGUCCAUGUCCUUGCAGAGCCGAUGUUCUGUCUCCAAAGUCUCUGAGCAUGUCGUGCUGACCAGCGUCACCACAGUGCUGUCCUAAGUGGGGCCUGGCCCAGGGCCUCUGGGAGGCACAGCUUGAUCCUUUGCCCGGGAUCUGCCCCAGCGCUCACGAAAAGACGUCUGCUGCUUGGUGUGGACUGCACGCACCACAGGCUGGAUCUCGUUGGCAUUGUGGAGUGCGGCUGUUCAGCAUGGAGGCCAGCAGCCCGAAGCAAUUGUAAUUAAAAGCCUGGCACUGACUGGUCCCUUUCCUUGUCAUUACACAAAGUCUGUGCUGCUCAGAUGACCUGACUGCAGGCCAGGCUGCCUCUGGCAGUGCCCAGCCUCCGAUACCCAGGACUUAGAUCUCUGACACACUUUCUGCUCCCUGCCCGAUGACCUCUGGACUGAAAGACCACUGCAAUCAGCAAGGUGUAAUGGAAGAAUAAUGGACAAUAUAGAGACAGAUGCAUGGAGCAUCCAGCAGAACUCUGCUGGGGCAAGCACUGAAUGGAAAAAGGUUUGGAAUGGAUCUGGAUGGUGUGUGGCAGAGGCACAUGGUGUGGAAUCUGUGGUUCCAGGCUGUGCUUCUGCAGAGGCAGCACGGGGCCAGGACACUGGAACCACAGGCAGGGACCAAAGGGGGUUUGCUGGUAUCAAGCCACCCUCAGCACUCAUUCCUGUUUUCCCCAAACUGGACUGCCUUCACUAUCAACUCCAGAUGGACACUGACUAGUCCAGCAAAACCAUCUUUACAUUCAGCGUAUAUUUUAGAAAGGGAGUUUACCAUACUAAAGUCUAUGAAUAAGUUGUAUUUAUACUGCUUUUGGAAAUGGCUUCUUUUCCCACAUUUGAAACAGAGAGAGCCACAAGGCUGCUGGCAGAAUCUGAGCCUUCAGCUCCUCUGUGCCAAUGCUUUGGUGGGCCUUUAUUGAUCAGCAUAGUAUGAGAAGGAUUAAUUAGCACUACAGUUGAUGGGGUUUUUGCAAUGAGAUUUGCAUUUUUGUGAGCUAAUGAAAGGUAAAGUGGUAGCAGCUUCUUUAUUAUCCGCUUUUCACAGCUUGUUGUGUAGACAACCGAAAGAGUCCAUAAAGGGCUCUGUAGACUUUUGUCUGAUGGUAGAAAAGGACCCCAAGGAAGUAUUAGGAUCAGCAACUUUGGUCCCAGCCCUUGUAGUUGCUGAGGCUAGCAAGCAGCUGAGCCUGGGUUUCAAAGUCUCCUUGUCUGAUUAAUUGAUCAUAAUUAACAUUUAUGAGGGGCUGCUGCCUCUGGUUGUGAGCAGCAAUGGAGGCAUUUGUCCAUCCACUCUGAAGGCCACAUUAGCAGUGGUGAGAACUGCUUUUAUAAGAGCUUGUAUUCAAAAGGUAUCACUUCAUAUGUAUUUUCAGUAACAUUAUUAUUCCGCUAGUAAAAUGGUUUGAACCUCAUUCUCUGUAACACCCUUUGUGAGAUCUUUGUACAUGGCAAAAGGAGCUCUUCUCUGGCAGCGCCAGGUCCCACUUCUCUAAUAAAUGGAAAUGCAGUCACUGGCUCUCCUGCCCGAGAAGCUUCUUUAAGGCCACUUUAUGGAUGGGAACAAUUUAUUUAUUUUGUUUUGUUUUCUCAAGACUCAGAGAACCACCAGCCUCUGCCUCCCAAACACUGGGAGUAAAGGCCUGCACCACCACUGCCUAGCAAGUACAAGGAAGCAACUCCAGCUGGAGUGAUUUGACAAGAGCCAGCCCACAUGACUUCUCCACUUGUCCGGGGUCUUCUGCUGGACUCUACCAAAGGUCUUAGCCCUGCAUUUACUAAACAGCACAGAAAAACGGCAUAGGACAGGAAUGAAGGACACUUCAUUUUCUGGGGGGAGGGGUUCAAGAUAGGGCUUCUCUGUGUAGCCUUGGCUGUUCUAGAACUCAUUCUACAGACCAGGAUGGCUUCAAACUCAGGGAUCCACCUGCCCCUACCUUCCAUGUGCUUGGGAUUAAAGGCGUGAGCCACCAAUGGCUCGUAAGGGACAAUUCUCUACAGAAAUCUUUAGCAGAGUUUUACAAAGAAAGAAGUUACUUUGCUGAGCCAGAACAGUGCUCAAAGCCUCACACAGGUGUUGACCGCUUUCACUAAAAGACUAACACACACACACACACACACACACACACACACACACACACACACACUGUUCUGGGUCAGCGGCAUAGGAGAAUAUAGAAUACAUAACUUAAGAGUAAAGCUCUGCAUUUAGCUUAGCACGGGUUGUAAAAGUUGAUGGAGAAUCCAAGGCCAGUAAGGUUGGUUCCACUGCUGUUCUCUUAAAGGCAGGAUAAACUACAUAGUAGACAGCAGAUCGGGUACAGUCUUCAUGGAUCUCAGGCACAUUAACUUCUGCUGCUAAGUCUGGGAAAAGUUCAGUCUCUCUGAAUGAAAGAGGUAUUUUCAAAAAUGUCCACCACACUAACUGAAUUAAUAGCUCACCCGCACAAAGCCUCAGGUUCCUUAGGUAAGAGCUCCUCACACUGCCUGCUGUAUGAAUGGAAUCAGGCUCAUCACACAAAGCCUUAAGGAUGAGAACUUGAUACACAGUAACUAUUAACGACAGUGCCCCUCUACAGAGGAGGAAACGCGUUCAGAGAGGUCACACAUAAGCUGCGCAUGCAGACUCAAGUCCAGAAGCUGGGUCUCCUGACGACCACGACUAUAGCUACACUCCCUGUCUUGUCCACCUCUGUGCACUACAGCCGGGGGCUCUGGAAGCUCGGGGUGUUCCAUUCCCAUCCCUAUAUGGGUUUGGCAAGCACAGAUCUAACAAACAUAUGUAUUAUUAUUUUAAAUGUAUAUCCAUCUCUCAAAAAAAGUUGCUUUGACUAAAGCUAGAACUGCCAUGUUGGUCUUUGAAAGAUGCAGUGGUAUUCCCCACCAAAAGAAGUCAGAGGGGGAUACUGUGACAGAUCUAUGAGUAAGCAUGGUGUGGUCAGGGAAUGGCGAGAACAUGCUGUGAACCCAGAAAGGAGGACCCUUCACACCCUCCUGACCAAGCACUUCUCCUGCUGUUUUUCAGCUGGUGGGUGAGUUAUCCAUACCUGCCCAGUGUCACCCUCACUCAACAGUAAGUUCUCUAGGGACAGACCCAGAACUUUAGCAUCACCAUCGCCACCCCCACCCACCAUCCCCAAGCCUCCAUAAAUAUGGGAACACAUAAGCACCGCUCCGCACUUAGGGCUUUAUGUGGAGCAAACAGGGAGCACCACAGAAGGCUUUCCAGCGGAGGAGGAAUGUGCUCUGAGCCUUGUCUGGAGAAUUAGCCAGUGCAGAUUUGGAGAUGAGCUAUAGAGCUGGGGCAGGGGGAGGGGGCAGGUGCUGGGCAGGCAGGGCAUGAACCAGACAGCAGCAGGCGCAGGGAUGGGAAGAAUGGGGUGGAUUCUGAAGCAAUUUCAGAGAGAGACUAGACAUGACUUGGCAACUAAUUGGAUUAGGCAAGAGAUGGAGGGGGAGUGAAGAAAGCCAAGUGUUCUGAAUGACUCAGGGUUCUAGCCUGCACACGAUGAAGGAGGCACAGCCAUCAACUAAGGCAGAGCAGGACAGGGAGAAAGCUUGUGUAAGGCAUUGGGCUGGUCCCAGGGUCACUGAGUUGCAAGUUAAGAGCUGAAGUUGAAGAAAUGAGAGCCAGAUCUUUGCCUACAUGUUCUGCUGCCAACCCGGUCCAGACAUUUGCUAACAGCAUUUUAGCCUCAUAAACAGAAAACCGGGGCGGAGGGCAAAAGACAAGAGUUCAGUAGCAUGGUUUCUAGAGCAUCACAGGAAAACUAACUCUAGGUCUUAGCUGAUGGAAACAAGCUAUAUUUGGGAUUUUUCGGGGUUGGGGGACAUAAUUAACAAGGCUCUGUGAGGUGCUUUAAGUUCACUUGGCUGUCACUGGUUCCUUGAUCCUGAGAGCUAAAUGCUCACCCCCAUUUCAGAGAUGAGAAAAUGAAGAUGCCCAGAGUUUAAUAUACUUUAGACCAUGCAGCUAAAAUGGGAAACUGAUUCAAAAUAGGCCCUGCACAUAUGAGUGCCGAGCAAGGGCCUGUGCCAGGAGCUGAGCUGAACACCUGUCAGGUACGACGGCUUCCGCAGUGUACACAGAGGGAGGGAAAGGCCGGAGACGAUCGCUCAGCAUCCGGAGCAGUCUCAGAAAAUCACAUCCUUCUUUCACUGCAGCAUCUAGCCCCCAAUUUGUUCAGUUCAACCUCCAAGUCUCUAUCUGCACUCCUGCAGGUGACAGACAGUGCAGCUCCUCCCAAUUCAGAAAUUCCUGCAUCCUCUCUUAGUCCCAAGGGCUCAUUUUUCUACCUCCUAGCCCAAGCGAGGCUCCAAGGUACCAAAGAGGGUCCAGACUGACUUCUGAUGAGGAAGGGAGGAGAUUGCAUUGCAAAGGCAAGCCUGCUCAGAGCUACCUUUCAAGUGCCUGAUGGAAGAGGCGAGAACCCAAGCUAAGGGGUUAAACAGCCACAGGAAGACAGAAGGAAGGGUCUGGACAAUCACCAGCAGAGCCUUCUAAAAUAUUUAAAGGACAGAAACAGGCAACCAACGAAGAGUGAGCUGAGAACUGUCCCAAGACUUUAAUUACCACCUCCGUGCUGACACUCCAAAAACCUUUCUUUCCAGCGUCAUCUCCCCUGAGCCGCAGACCCACAUACCCAACAGCUUCCUGACCUUCCCUCCCACCUUAUCCAUCUCUUUGUUCCCAUCUCCUAGUGCUUCCUGCCACCCGGUCAUCUAAAUCAAAGCCUUAGUGCCCUCCCGGGUACUUUCCUUCCUCCCGCUGUCACCUCAAUUAAACACCAUGUUCCCUCAACUCUUCCUGCCAACAGCCUGCCACACCAGCCUUUACCAGGUCAUUGUCCUCUUUCGGAGAGAGGAUUUCAAUAACUUUGAAACUGGCCACCUUGCCCCCACCUCUCCAGCUUCAAUGUCUCCUCUCAAGACCCAUAGUUAGAGCUCUGCAGGACAAACGUAACAAGAGAAGACCAGACCCUCAACAAGCCCCUCACCAGCUCCCCUGGUACUGGUUCCUCAGUACUCUUAGGAGGAAACCAGACCCCUCAAAAUGACACACAAGACCCUAUGGGAUCUGGCCCUUCUUACACUUCUGGUCUCGUUUUCUUGCCUCCUGGUUCCUCAUCAUUAAAACCAGACUAAUCUUAAAAUUGCCCCCAAAUAUUGGACUUUCUUCUUCUUUAAUAAAGCUCUCAGAUACUUAUGCUACAAAGCAGCUGCUAAGAGCAAUGUACCAUGGAAGGUACUACCCUACUUCCUUUCUGGUCUUUGUGAAGUUAUUUCCUUAGCUGGAAUAUAAACUUUUUUCUUCCCCUAUCUUACUCCUACCGGUGAUUCCUCCUGCUGAACCCCACUGGGCUGGUCCCCCUGCACUAUCCCAAGGCCUUUUGUCCACUCCCACUUCACACAAUCUACAUAUUUGCAUUCCGCUCCCACUACAGUAUCUACUACAUACCACACUUGACAUUAAUAUUCUCAUUGCGCCCUCACAGUGAGUCUGCCGUAGGUACUGCUAUGACCCCAUUCUAAAUAAUGGGAAACUGAGCUUCAGGUCUUCACAAGCAAUUUCUGUAAGCAAGCGGCAGAGCAGGGAAGUGAAAACCAACUUCUCUGGGCUUGGAGACCAAGCUCUUGAGCACUGAGCUCCAUCAAGCAGGCUCCCCCGCUGAACCAAAGGGCACUUGACUUUUACUACUGCACAGCCCAGGCGACGCCUGAGUACCCUGGGCCAGAGGCAGUGGACAGUUAUAGGCACCGUGCCUGCCAUGGACGGCUGGGAGCCUCCGGAACUAGGCAGUGGGUGGGAGGCAGGAAGCAUUGCCUGAGCUUUUGCCUGACUUCAAACAACCAGCGCUCCUUCCUCAGAACACCUGGGAUGAGGAGGCAGCCAACUGCGAGGUGGGGAUGGAAAGCACCACUGCUGCCUCUAUUCCAGACACUGUCUCCUAGUGGUCCUUUGCAGUACUCUGCCCCGAGCGUGAGCCCAGGCAGUGUGGCAAAGUAACCACACACUGCCAGGUCCUAUGCACCAGUGACGUGCAGGGCUCCCAUGCACUUUGCUGCACCCCAUCCUCCUUACACCCUUUCCACAGGUGCUAGUCCCCGCUUUCUAUGGUAAGGAAAUUAAGGCCCAGAGCCCUUAAAUGGUCUAUCCGAGAGCGUAUAAGACUUAUUAAGUGAGUAGUGUUGGGAUUCUAGCCCGAUUCAGUCUGUCAUUGCUUCUAGAGUGUAUACAAACCACCCCCAGAGCUUACUAAGA